AUGGGUCGUUCGCGUGUUCGCUCAUUUAUCUCAAGCUUCGGGGGUCAAAAAAACAAUGACUCCGGUAAAGGAAGCAGACUAUCGUCAAGUAACGCCACUCCGGAGAGCGUGACGCCCUCCGAUACACCACCCCGGUGGCAAACUCCUCCCCCCGAGACAGCAUCGCCUCCUUCCGAGUUGUCACCCGUGGGAUCUGCUCCGAGACACAACGGAGGUGGCUCACGACCGGCAUCCAUGGUGUUCUCGCGCAAUCCGCCGUUACUGCAGCAGGCGACCGACACCCCGCCGGAGCUGUCGCCUAUUUUCUCCUUCCUUAACAUCCACACGAACAAGGUCUACCAGGAGGGAUAUUUCUUGAAAUUGAAUGAUCUGGAUUCUCUUGGUCGACCUUGUGGUGAUCGGCAAUGGGUGGAAUGCUAUGCGCAACUUGUCGGGACCGUUCUUUCGCUAUGGGAUGGUGCUGCGCUGGACGCAGCAGGUGGCGAAGAGGUCCCUGCGACCUUUAUCAAUUUGGCCGAUGCGUCAAUCAAAAUGAUUGAGACCCUGCCGAUCCGAAAUGGCGCAGUACAGCCAUUAAAGAAUGUCCUUAGCCUUUCAUCUGCUGGCAAAAACCGAUACCUUUUACAUUUCAACUCUUUCCACUCAUUGACGCAAUGGACCGCCGCGAUCCGUCUCUCGCUUUUCGAACACACAUCCUUAUACGAAGCUUAUACCGGCUCUCUGAUUGCGGCGAAAGGAAGAACCCUCAAUGGAAUCAACACCAUCCUGGCACCCACAAAAUUCAAAUACGAAGACUGGGCGCGCGUGCGAUUUGGAGCCGGAACUCCAUGGAGACGGUGCUGGUUCGUGAUCAGUCCGCCAGACGAGAAAGAGAUGCAAAAGGCGCGCAAGAUGACCAAGAAAUCGGCAUAUGACCGCUUGUCAAUUCCGGUAACUGGAAACAUCAAGUUUUACGAGACAAAGAAGACCAAAAAGGUGACACCGAUUGCCACCAUCACUAAUGUGUACUCGGCAUAUGCGAUUUACCCGCAGUCCAAGGCUUUAAUCGAUGCGUCGACACUGGUGAAGUUGGAGGGUAGGAUUACUACCCAUGCAGAUGGAAGUUCCACGGAAGGCCUUGUCUUCGUCAUGCCCGAACUGCAUGCUGCCGUUUCUGGAUUCGAGAUGAUGCUGCGGUUCCUCUUCCCGACCUUCGACACGUUCAAUCUAUACGGCCGUCCCACUCGCCUGGUGGCUGAUACCAACCACAUCAAGAGUAUCAUGUUUGCAUUUCCCAAGGAGCGGCGCUACGGCUAUCUGGAUGUGCUGGAUAUCGCCAGUCUCCUCCAGACCCCCGGAAGUCAAGAGUGGAGCGAGGCGGAGUGGAGGAAACAGUUGAAAGCAGCAACCCAACGACGAAUCUCGACAGGCAGAAGCAGAACCAACAGCGUCAACAGCUCGAAGCCUCGUUAUCGCUCCAGCAUGUCUGGCCGCUACAGCGAUGUCCCCGUUGACGCGCGACGUCAAGUCUCUGCUUUCCAGAAUAAGCCUGACUUUAACCACUCUGCGGAGGCUGUUAUCCAAGAAGUUCCUAGGACCGAUGAUUCGCCACUUGCGUAUCAUACUCGCGGUUUCUCCGACACCACCGGUUUAAACAGUGCCCCCACACCUGGCCGUAGAUUGGCCGAGAGCUCCCCUAAUUCAUCUGCUCAAGACCUAACGCCUCGUGAUGGAACUCCGACAGUGGCUCCCAUUGCCGAGAGUACCAGCUCCGAGAGUUUCCCAGCCUACGAGAAUGGACAUCUCGAACCUGUGAGAGAGCAGCUUCCGCCACCCACCCCACCAUCUCCAGUUAUGAGCCCGCCCGCAUUUUCGCAUGGCCCGAGAGAGAUGCCAACCAACCGACCGGAGGCAUCAUCGGAGCAGAGACUGGCAAAUAACCGCAUGUCUCACGCAACUCUCUCUCAACUUACAUCAGUUGGAGGGGUUGGAUUGAGCGGGGCUGCUUCUCCAGCCGCCUGGAAACAAUCGCAAAAACCAAACGAGCAACAGCCUCAGCAACGGGACGCCAACAGUGUCUACCACCCUAGUCCUGUUGCUUAUAACAACUCUCUUGCGCACUCAUCGAGCGACGAGGCCAUGACAAUGGCUUUCCCAGUUCGCCCGCCCAUGGUUCCGGAACAUCGUCCUAACACACCCAACACUGCCGGCAGCUCCUCCCCUCAGCGGCCAUCCCCCCAGCGUGUUCCAAUUGAUACCAGCAAGUCCGUCCGACGCAAACCAGUCCCACACCGUGAUAUUUUCGCCGAGGAGUCCCAGAGACAGGGCGAACCGAGCUAUGAUGACCUGCGCCACACUCUUGACGAGGAUGUGUUGAACCAAAUUGCUCCUCACCUCCCAUCCCCGAUAUCGUCAACAGCCAGAAACGACGAGGAAAGCGUCUACGAUGAUGCAUCGACGGUUUCGCCUGACUAUGCCAGUACCCAUGGCUCUGUCUACAGCAAGAGAUCCUCCAAGUCGACCAAGCCCAGAAUGGGUGUCAUGAAGACCGUGGGAGUUCCGGCAGCUAAGGAUCUUGUCAUUGGUGACGCCCACUAUACUACGGACAGAGCGCCAACCUCGAACCCUGACAUCCCCAACGUGGACUUUGGGCCAACUAUGACCUACAUGCCUACCACUGGACGCCCGAGCACUUCUGAUGCUCUCAAAAAGCCUUUCCAUCAACGGAGGGACUCAGAGGGAACUAAACUCACGAUCCCUACUCACCAAAUGGACCAGGCUAAUGGAAGACCAUCCUCCCAGGAGGAAUACCGACGGAGUAUGCUGUGGCAACCAGGGAUGGCUUCUGGUCGCCCUGUCACUCCUGGUGGACUCACUCCAGAACAAUAUGUACAGCAACGGGCAGCCCCCAGCCCUCCGAUGCACAUGCACAACCGUACCCCAUCCGGAGCCACCAUGGUGCAACGCCCGGUAUCGGGCGAGUGGGCCCAUCUCGCCCGCUCUAGCUCGCCCAUGAACCGAGACCCCAACUACCGACCCUCAUCUCGCGGCGCCACGAGCAUGCUCAACCACAACGAUGCCUCGAUCCAUCUUUCCGCCCGAGAGCAGGAGCACGUCGCCCGCAUGACCGGCUCUUCAUUCUUCAACAUGAACAACGACACCCGCAAGCCCCAUGCACCGGUGAACCCCGGCGGUCUCGUCUCUGCCAUUGACGCUCGCGAACGCGAGAAGCGCGAAAUGAGAGAGGGAAUGUCGAACCAGAUGGUCCAGCAAGCCAUUGCACAGCGCCAGCAGCACAUGAUGCACCAGCAACAGUACGCACCCCAGCCGAUGUUGCACCAGCCCAUGUCGCCCCAACAGGCUGCCUCCGUGUACCCACCACCCCAUGGUGGUCAGGCGUCCAUGUACAACAUGCCCGUUGCCAGUCACACAUGGGACGCCCUUCACCAGAUGAACCGCCCCGACGAGCCCCGACGAUCCUCUUGGUACGGUCAGCUUGCUCAGCAAGCUCCUCAGGCUCCGUCUGUCUACCCGCAAAGCCAACACACUCAGAACCCGGGCUACUAUGGCUACGCUAAAUAG